GUAGCUGCAGAGACGCGACGUGACCACAUGAUCAAAAUGUAGGCUACACUUCCUGCAAGAACACCGUUGAUCCGUGUUAAACUUGCCAGUCCAACUCGUACUUUCAGUUCGAGUCCACAAUCUAAAAGCCUAAAGUUUCUGUCUCUGAGGGCUCUCAGGCACAGGAAAACCCAACAGGAGUAGUCUUUGGCAGAAGGAAGUUGACGCGCACAGUCCAGUAGAGCAGCGGCUGACCGCAGGGCUGCUGACCCCGGCUCCAUGCCUCAGCUCCAGUUUAGUGCCAAUCUAACAUGGUUGUUUACGGAGCUCCCGGAGAUAAGCCAGAGGAUGUACGCCGCGGCUGCAGCUGGCUUUCGCGCCGUGGAGGCGGCGUGGCCGUAUGAGGAGGACCUGCAGGAGCUGAAGAGAGCGCGGGAGGCGACGGGAGUGGAGCUGGUCCUCAUUAACACUCCUCCAGGAAACCUCCGGGCCGGAGACCUGGGGCUUGGAGCAGUCCCGGGGAGAGAGCAGGAGUUCAGACAGGGGCUGGAGCGAGCCAUCGAGUACGCGCAGGGUCUGCAGUGCAAAAGGAUCCACCUGAUGGCCGGGCGUGUUCCUCUGGGGUCAAACAGAGCAGAGGUGGCCCAGGAAAUGGAGAGCAUCUUCAUCCAGAAUCUUCAGUAUGCUGCUGAUCUGCUCUCCAAGAAGGGCAUCACUGGUCUAAUCGAGCCAAUCAACACACGGAUCACUGACCCCGCCUACUUCCUGGACUCUCCUCAUCAUGCUGUGGCCAUAUUGGAGAGGGUGGGAAAGCCAAACCUGAAGCUUCAAAUGGACGUGUUCCACUGGCAGAUCAUGGAUGGGAACCUGACACAGAACAUCAUCAGAUACUUUCCUCACAUUGGCCAUGUUCAAAUUGCACAGGUGCCAGAGCGGAAUGAGCCGGACACUCCGGGAGAGCUCAACUACAGCUACCUGUGGGACGUCCUGGAGCGUCAGCACUACCAGGGCUUUGUGGGCUGUGAGUACCGGCCUCUGGGGGGCACCACUGCUGGACUGGGCUGGCUCAGACAGUACUGGACCCGGAGAGAAGCUCAGGAAGACUGAUUCACAGCUGUUCAAUAGAGAUGCGGCCUCAAACGUGCCAUAUGGAGAGCUUUGGGACAAAAACUCAAGGAGUUAGGGAAGGAAACCACGGAAGGAACUUGAGCCAGUGACAGGCGGGAAACAUCAGAUACAAUAAUAAAACAAGAGUUACUAAUUGAACUACAGUUCUAUGAAUACUGGAUCACUGCUAGAGGGCAGUGCUUAAAGCACUGAAUCACUUACUGCAUUUUCACCAAGGGAGUCAUUAGGCUUGUUUGAGAUCUGAUUGCUGUAGAUCAACAUUGAUCUGAAUGUGGUGCACCCUGGUUAGAUUUGUGUCGGACUUGCUGUGACAUCAGUAACUGUGUUAUGCUACGAAGUUCCUCCCUUCCAAAAUAUGCCCCACCUUCAUGAACAGUUAAUAUGAAUAACAAGAGACCAUAAAUGGCUUCUCCAGAGUCUUGACAAGUUAAAUGUAAUUUUUAAGUCUUUUUUUUUAAUGUAAAAACAUAUUGGAAUAGUACACAACAUGGCGUGCCAUUUUCAAGUUAUAUUUAUUAAAAUAUCAACUCACAUCUCAGUGUUGUGCAAAAAACAACUUGUGGAAUGUGUUAAUUUUUGGAGGUAGAAAUAUACUGACUAUACUGGCAUCAGAGCAAGUCUCACACAAAUCUGACCAGGUUGCACCCACCGUGUUCAUGUAAGCACCGAUUGGAUCUGCACAGUUGUAGCUCAUCUCAAACAAGCCAAUUCAGUGCUUUAAGCACCACCCUCUGGCAGUCAGUAGGGAUGAAAUAAUAGACCUGUAUGUGUUUCACUGUAAGGAGUUUGUAUUGUUGCAACAACAUAAGUACAGGGACAGCAGCAAAAGAGAAGGGAUGUUGGACAUUGCAGAGUCCUUUUGGUCAGAGCAGCUGAGGAAACACUGUCCUAUUGACCACCAGCUCAUGUCUCUUCUUGGCUCUGGCACUCGACCUUGUGGCCGUCUGUUCACUGUGGUGUUUUUGUGCCUUUGUCCAUUUAAAAUAAAGAUGUCAUCUGUA